AUGGCGUUGCCUCCACAGUGGUAUCAGGUGAGUUAUUGCCCAGUUGGGUAAGUGUGCAGAGCAGACUGACGAGACGUGUAGUUCCUGGUCUCUGUUUUCGCCUCUUUGGGCAGUGUUCUGUAUGGCUAUGAUCUUGGUGUUAUUGCGGGCGCUGUAGCGUCGGAGAACUUCGUCAACACAUUCAAUCCAAGUGCCAAUGAGACAGGAGCUGUUGUUUCGGUUUUCACGGGAGGCGCCUUCUUUGGCGCCUUCUUUGCUGGUCCUACAGGAGAUCUUCUCGGCCGCAAGAAAACGAUUCUUCUGGGUGCUCUAAUCUUCAUUCUUGGGGGAGGAUUGCAGACGGGAGCACAUACUUUGGGUUACCUGUAUUCUGGAAGAGGUAAAGCAACACCUGAAGCAAUCAGCUUACACACUCUGACGGCCAAAACAGCUAUCGCAGGCAUCGGCGUUGGGUUUUUGACCAUGAUCGUGCCUCUGUACCAAGCGGAAUUAGCGCAUCCGUCCAUUCGCGGCAGAGUCACCGCCCUCCAACAGUUCAUGUUGGGAGUUGGGUCCCUUGUGGCGAGUUGGGUCUCGUACGCGACCUACACAUACCUCCCAGCAUCCGACAGUGGACAAUGGCGAAUCAGUCUAGGGAUACAGCUUAUCCCGGCCGUGAUCCUCGCCGCCUUGAUUCUACUCUUUCCAGAAUCUCCGCGUUGGCUUAUCGACCAUGGAAGAGCUGAAGAUGGACUUCGUACGCUUGCGCGUUUGCAUUCUCACGGCGACACGAACGACGCGUGGGUUCGAGCCGAGUUUGAGCAAAUCCAAGAUACGAUCACCUUCGAGCAUGAACACGAAGACAAGUCCUACGUCGACCUCUUCACGAACAAGUCUUCCUUUCGCCGCUUGUUCCUAGCUUGUUCCAUCCAAGCGUCCGUGCAAAUGACUGGCGUCAGUGCCAUUCAAUACUACUCUCCUGAGUACGUCCAUACAAGAAGAACCAGACAAUUGCAAAUAUACUGACGCUGUCGUAGGAUCUUCAAGCAGAUAGGAAUUCCAGGCACAGAUACGUUGAAGUACCAGGGUAUCAGCUCGCUCAUCGCCCUGAUAGCGCAAUUUUUCUGUAUCCUCCUGAUCGACUGGACUGGGCGCAGAUGGGCCAUGAUUGGAGGCAACCUGGGAAAUUGUGUGACCUUCAUCAUUGCAACGAUUCUUCUCGCUAAGUUUCCACCGGGGGCGACGAAUAACAAUGGAGCCUCCUGGGCCUUCAUUGUGAUCACCUGGGUCUACAAUUUCAGUUUCUCUGCGACCAAUGGGCCUCUGUCUUGUGAGUGGAAUGCCAUCGCAUGGUGUGCCGGUGUCGGUGUCGGUGUCAGGGCUUUGCUGAUGUGUGCUUGAUAGGGAUCGUCCCAGCAGAGAUAUUCGAUACCAGGACGCGUUCCAAGGGGGUGUCGAUUGCAUGCAUGACAAGUUAUGCAUUCAACACGAUGAUAGGGCAGGUGACACCGAUAGCCAUUGCGAACAUUGGCUAUCGGUACUACUACCUCUUCAUCGUCUGUAAUUUUACCAACGCCCUGUUCUUCUGUGAGUGUCGCAUCUGCGUUCUGUCUGCGAUGAGAUGGCUAACGGUGGGCAGGGGCUAUACAACCCGAGACUUCGAAUAGGCCUCUUGAAGAGAUGUCAUAUCUGUUCUCCAAUGCGCCUAUUUUUGUCCCGACAAUGAACAUGCGCGAUUUCGACCAGCACGAUUUGGAGCAUCGCGUUGAGGAGGCGGAGCGUAAGGGUAGCGUGAGUGCGCAUGUUGAGGAAACGAGCUCGCACUUGUGA